AUGUUCGACAUCCAGCGCCUGAUUUCCUGGCUAGACACCAUCCCCGAAGUAUGCGACUCGCCGCGAAAGCUUGACCCUCCCACCAAUAAACGAAAAGCUGGGCAACAGGAGCCCAGUCCUCCAGCCUCCAACAAGGCUUCAGACACAAUGGAACGUCAGACGCCAAAGAGACGCAAACUCGCUGACCCGAACCGUACACCGCGAGCCGCCGACUUUCCCGCCCCUGCCUCAAGCGCGAGCUCUGUGUCGUGGUCCGAAUCUAGUGAAGGCGCCUCGCGGUCUAGCUCUCCCAAGAAGCAGAUGCUGGGUCUACGACUCGAAGAGAAAGGACUCGAGUGCCGCCAGCUCAAUAUCGACACUGCGCCUCCCGCUGCGGCAGACCUACUCAACGCGAUCCGAGAGAUUGGAAGCGGCAUCGAGAUACUUCCCGAGGCACAGAAGGAGACUAUUCUCAGCAGUCCCCAUGUGCAGGGCCAAAAUACACGACUAUGGAGGUUCGCUUUUAAAGAGGCUGGUGAACAGGAUGUUCUCCCAGGGCGCAUUCCUCCUCCAGACGAGAUCUCUCUCAUUUGCGAUCACGCCCGACAAUGCCACGACAAGAGUCAUGAGGAGUUCUCUUGGAACGUGGAGGUACACCACCGUCUUUUACAGGCCAUUCUAAGGGAGCCGGGGACUUGCAAGGGAAAGCCGUUCAACUAUUCAACCUGGUAUGCCUGCGUUGUGUCCAUUGUCACUGUGACUCGAUUAAUGAUCAUCUCUAGCACCACUGCUCGACCCCAUCGCAAAUACGUUCCCUACUCCUCAACAGCCAAAAUGGUCGACUUUUGCCUCUACCUCGACGACGAAGCCGACACUGCAGCACUCCAAGCCCUCGGUCGCCGAACCCCAACAUUGACUGUCAACCACACCGACUUUGCGCCCGUGCAACUAACGCCCAUCGUCCUGAGUAUUGAGACUAAGCGCCCGGGAAAGGAACUCGACGCGGCUCAGUUGCAAAUGGGCGUUUGGCAUACAGCCCAAUGGGCAUUCCUUGAAUCUGUAAUUGGCUUGACGGCACGUCCUCUGUCGGUUGAAGAGGAAAUACUACGAAGGCAAAAGGCGGGUGCGGCACUCUCCGAGCUGGGGCUCAUUCCAGGAAUCAUCAUCCAGGGACAUCGCUGGCACUUUGUCUUUUCGACGCGCGAGGGUAAUAAGACGGUCCUAUGGACAGAGCGACAGUUUGGAACCACGCAGAGCAUCCUGGACACGUACUCUGUCGUUGCUGGCAUUCGAGAGCUUUCACGAUGGGCUAGGGAUGUCUACGUGCCCUGGUUUCGGAAGAAUGUUCUAUCUGGAUUUCGAGUUGAAGACGGAUGA